CUUUGAAUGAAAGUUGAAAUGACAUGUAACGUAACUAGUUUUCUUGUGGUAGAACACAGUAGAACCACAGUACGUGAACGCAGCACGCGGUCGGUUUCUACGGCAACGCUUGUUAACAGAGAGGACGAUGGUUUACAUCACAGAGGAGCUGGUCCGCCAGCGGGCCGAGCACAACGAGGGCCAGAUCUUCUCCCUGGAGGAGGUUUCUCUGCACCAGCAGGACAUCGAGAGGAUGGAGCACAUCGACAGGUGGUGCAGAGACCUGAGGAUCCUCUACCUGCAGAGCAACCUCAUCUCCAGGAUCGAGAACGUCGGCCGCCUGAAGAAGCUGCAGUAUUUGAACCUGGCCUUGAACAACAUUGAAGUCAUUGAAAACCUUGAAGGCUGCGAGAGCCUGCAGAAGUUGGACCUGACGGUGAACUUCGUGGGCUGCCUGAGCAGCGUUGAGUCCCUGCAGCACAACGUGCUCCUCACAGAGCUCUUCCUGACGGGGAACCCCUGCUCUCAGUUUGAGGGCUACCGGCACUACGUGGUGGCCGCGCUGCCUCAGCUGCAGUGGCUGGACGGGACGGAGAUCAGCCGGACGGAACGGCUUCGGGCCUCUCAGCGGCUGGAGGAGGUGAGGAGGCGAGUGAGGGAGCAGGAGGAGGAGCACUUGAGGAGGAGAGCCAAGGAGAAGGAGGAGGAGAUGAGGAAGAAAGGAGGCGAGGAGAAGAAGCCGGGCUCCGACGGCCGCUGGUACACCGACAUCAAGGCGCCAGCGCCUGAGGAGAACCAGGAGGAGAACCAGGAGACAGAGGAGAACCCGGCACCCAGCGACCCGGAGGAGGAGGAGCGGUUGGAGAAGGAGUUCUGGCACACGCCGUGCGCAUUCACGCCCGAGUCCCGCCUGGAAAUGCACCGCCACCUGGAGGAGAAGAAGAAGGCCAAGGAGAAGCAGACACAGAAGAAGACGGCGGCCCCCCCUCGGACGCUGAUCACCGCUGAAGGACGAGUCCUAAACAUCAACGAGCCGAAACUGGACUUCAGUCUCUCUGAGGAUGAAGAAAACAACUCCAUCGUGUUGACCCUGCAAGUCUACAGACACAUGGACACCUCCCUGAUGGACGUAGAUGUCCAGCCAACCUACGUCAGAGUCAAAGUCAAGGGAAAGGUAGGCCUAGUGAUUCAGAGCAUGUCCUGUUUGAUACAUGUAUGCUCCUCUAUCUACACAUGUGUAUCUCACAUGUGGGUUUAGAUUAAUGCCUCCAUCUGGUGUGAGUACAUCAGUACAUGUAGUGUGUAGUAUCAGUACAUACUACACACUACAUGUACAUAUAAACAUGGACGAAGAGUCUGAUUUACAUCCAGAUAAAAGGCAGAGUCAGCAAAUAGG